AUGAUCACUGGGUUUUGGGGCGGCAUGGGCUUUAACCCUUGGGCGACGUUCGACUGGAAUGUGGCGGGGCAUGGAUUUCUGGUCACACCGUUCUUCAGCACAGCCCAACAGUACGUUGCACGCGUCCUUUCCGGCUUGUUCAUCAUCGGCAUGUACUGGGGGAACACGUGUUGGUCUGCGUACAUGCCCAUCAACAGCAACGAAUCAUUCGCCAAUGAUGGGAAGAAGUACAACGUGACAAGGAUAGCCAACAAGGCUGGAGAUGGGGUAGACCUAGACGCGUAUAAAGCCUAUGGGCCGCCUUUCUUCUCCGGAGCCAACGUAUUCGGUCAAGGUGCCUGGUUCGCCUGGUACCCGAUGACGUUGUUCAGUGUCUCGAUCCAACACUGGGACGGACUGAAAAAGUCGGCGAUCGAGAUGUACAAAGGGGUCAGGCACCGAAGGUCGAUCUAUGAGACCUUUCACGACCCCCACACGCGGAUUAUGAAGGCCUACCCAGAGGUGCCGGAUUGGUGGUUCGCCUGUGUACUUCUUCUCUCGCUCGCGCUGGGCAUCGUGGCACUGACAGUAUGGCCGCUCACCGUCCCCGUGUGGGCGCUGUUCGCCGUCGUCGGCAUCAGCGCCAUCAUGCUGAUACCAUCCGUGCUACUACUGGCCUCCGCAAACAUCGGCAUGGGCUUCAACGCUCUGUUCCAGUUGCUCGGCGGGGUCUGGUUCGUCGGUAAGCCCGAGGCCUCUAUCAUUCUGACGGCAUUCGGUCAGAACUUCAAUGCGCAGGCCGACAGCUACAUCACGGACCAGAAGAUGGGACAUUACGCCAAGGUCCCGCCGCGGGCGGUCUUCCGGGGGCAGGUCAUCUCGAUCCUUUGCAACUGCUUCAUCUUCGUCGGGAUGCUCGACUGGAUGGUUGUCAACUUCGACAAUGGCGCGCUGUGCCAGUGGAGUAAUGCUCAGCACUUUGUUUGCGCCGACGCCGUGCUUGUCUAUGCCUCGGCCAUCGAGUAUGGAGCAUUUGGAGUGAAGAACAUGUUCGAGCUGUAUCCGAUCUUGCCAUGGUGCUUUUUCAUCGGCUCUGUGGUGGGCAUCGCCUGGGGGGUUAGCCGACGCUACGUUCCUGCAAUCCGGGCUUAUGUUCAGCGCCGAUUGCCCGGGGACAUGUCUUCGACUUUGGAAAAGUACCUCUUCCGUCCACUAUCGUACCUAUACUGGUUCGAGCCCGCCGUCUUCUGGACCGGAGCGCUCAACUGGACCGGUGGGAACAACCUCUCAUACGCCACAAACGGGCUGUACGUCUCGUUCGUCUUCAUGUGCUACAUCAAGCGCCACUAUGGAGCGUGGUGGGAGAAGUACAACUACCUGGUCGAGGCUGGGUUCGGCGUGGGAGUUGCCCUCAGUGCCAUCGUCCAGACUUUUGCUUUUGCUUUCACCGGCAUUGAACUCACCUGGUGGGGAAACACGGUUUCCAAGGCCGGAGUUGACUACCAGGCUUACAAUCAGAAUGCGACGCUCCUGACGCUGCCGGCAAGCGGUUACUUUGGACCUUCGCCUGAUCAGUACCCUAUGAAGUUCACCUGA